AUGCUUUCCAAGGAAUUCUGGAGGAAGCGCUCGCUGCGCGUCCGCGACGACAAGACCACCAAGGCCGCAGAGCUGACCCUGCGCGAAUCCAUCUAUCCCAUCUGCCUCGUCACCAUUCUGUUCUUCCUCUGGGGGUUCUCGUAUGGCCUGCUCGACACCCUGAACAAGCACUUCCAGACUACGCUGGACAUCAGCAAGUCUCGGUCUUCGGGUCUCCAGGCUGCGUACUUUGGUGCCUACCCCUUGGCUUCGCUGGGACAUGCCGCCUGGAUCUUGCGUCACUACAGCUACAAGGCUGUCUUCAUCUGGGGUCUCUGCCUCUACGGCAUCGGCGCCCUUCUCUGUAUCCCCGCCAUCAUCCAUCACUCGUUCGGUGGUUUCUGUGUCUGUAUCUUUAUCAUCGGCAACGGGUUGGGGUCCCUCGAGACGGCAGCGAACCCCUACAUUACUGUCUGCGGCCCUCCAAAGUACUCGGAGAUCCGGAUCAACAUCUCCCAGGCCUUCAACGGCAUCGGCACCGUCGUUGCCCCGGUUCUCGGGUCGUACGUCUUCUUCGCCUUCGACGAUGAGCGCGCCCUCAAAAACGUCCAGUGGGUGUACCUCGCCAUCGCCUGCUUUGUCUUCCUGCUUGCGGGCGUCUUCUACGUAUCCCAAAUCCCCGAGAUUACCGACGCAGAUAUGGCUUUCCAGGCCAACGAGACGCAUGCCGGCGCGGACGACCAGCCACUCUGGAAACAAUACCGCCUGUUCCACGCGUCCUUUGCCCAGUUCUGCUACACGGGUGCCCAGGUGGCCAUUGCAGGCUAUUUCAUCAAUUACGCGACCGAGACCCGCGCCAACACGCCCGAUUCCCUAGGAUCGAAGCUCCUCGCGGGCGCGCAGGGCGCCUUCGCGCUGGGGCGGUUCUUCGGCGCGGGGCUCAUGCACUACGUGCGGCCCCGCUGGGUGUUCGGCUUCUACCUGACCAUGUGCAUCGUGUUCAUCGCGCCGGCGAUCACUCAGCGCGGCAACGUGGGCGUGAGCAUGCUGUUCGUGACGCUCUUCUUCGAGAGCAUCUGCUUCCCGACCAUCGUGGCCCUGGGCAUGCGCGGCCUCGGCCGGCACACCAAGCGCGGGUCCGGGUUCAUCGUCGGAGGCGUCCUGGGCGGGGCGUGCGUCCCGCCGCUCACGGGCGUGGCGGCGGACAGGCACGGCACGGGCAGGGCCAUGGUCGUGCCCAUGUGCUUCUUCGUCGCGGCGUGGUCGUACGCCGUCGCUGUCAACUUCUGGCCGUCGUACCGCGACUGCGCUGACGCGUUCACCACCACCGAUGUCGGGCUGGUGCCGCGGAGGGGGUACGACGAGGAGAGCGCGAGCGCGAGCGGCGUCGGGGGUGGGACGCUUGACGAGGAGAAGAAGGGUGGUGUGGAGCAGACGGAGGGGAAGGAGACGGAGCUCAUUAAGGGGUUGUGA